UUUCAAGAUCUUCUACCAUGGAUGUUUCGAACAGUUCGUCACCAGCCCCUCGAGUCACUGACGACAUGUUGCCCAGCGCUGAAGAUACGUCUGUUGAGCGCCCUCGGACACCUGAAUCAGCCCGGCACUCACCCUUAGAGCCAAACAAUGACCGGAAUACACCGCCUUCGCUACAAGAAAUCCUUCAAAUGACGUCUACCACAGUCAACUUCAUAUCAACCAUUACAACACUCUUCCAUGAGAAAGGGGAGCAGAACUCCCGCCUCCGAGAAGAGCUUAGGAGGAAAAUCCUUUUCACCGCGAUGAAUGCACACGCCUGGGCAAGCGCGAGGAUUGUCCACGAACACACAGUCGCACGAGACACGCUAGAAGCCGGGAUUCACAAACUUGUGGAAGACGAGAAGGAUCAAGAUCGCAUGCGCACGCGUUUGUCGGAAAUGUUUGAAGCCAUCAACAACACUGUUGCCAGCUUGGCGGGGCUCGGUUGAGAUCAGGGUUUCAUGGUGCGCUGUAACUUAGGUACCUUGUCGACGUUUCUGCCCAAUUCGAACGAGUCUUGCUGUGUCGUUCUUGGGGGUCCCCCCUGAUGAACUGUGCAAUCAUUUAUCAA